UCACAGUGCAGUGUGCGUGUGAAUCCUCAUCAUCAUCGCUGUUGGUUUUCUUCGUUCACUCUCUUCUCUCUCAUUGCUGCUGCUGAUGACAAGCAAGACAGACACACACACAGACACAGACGAGCAAGAAGCAAGUUGAGUUGAAGUGUGUGAGACGUGCUGUAACAUAGCGACACGACCACCGCCAUGUCCGAGAAGAAGGACACGACAGCUGGGCCUGCUGCGCCUAGCACACAAGCCAAGGAGGCGCUGCAAAAGGACAUUGCCGCCACGUUUGAGCGGGUGCAGCACGAAGGAACGCCGUCCUUCCACUUUGCAGAGUGGACAUGCAAGACCGCGUUUGAGAAGUUCCUGUUUGGCCCCAUCUUCGACGCUGGCGUUGCAUCCACCACUGACGAGGCCAUCGAGUACUUGAAGGGCUUCAACUCAUCCCCUGUGCGCUGCGGGCAUGUGUUUGGAGAUGGCGAGCCCACGUACACGUGUGCAGAGUGCGGUGUGGACCCCACAUGCGUGCUGUGCCACAAGUGCUUCAUGCAGUCUGAACACCGCAAUCACCAGUUCUCCGUGCACAUCAGCCAUGGUGGCGGCUGCUGCGACUGUGGCGACCAGGAGGCCUGGCGCGGGCACGCGUUUUGUCGCAUCCACCAGCCCCAUGCCGACAAGGAGCCGACGGCUGCCGAUUCCCUGGCGAAAGUUCCCGAAAACGUGCAGCAGCGGCUCUAUGAUGCAAUCCACUACCUCCUCAACGUGGCGACGCCAGUGCUGAUGGGGGAGGACCGCCACCACGAAGUCAUCCCUGCCGUCGAAGAAGAUCUUCACUGCACGACGCUGUACAACGACGAGGUGCACACCUUUGACCAGGUGAUACGGCAGUUGCAGGCCGCUGUCGGCUCGACGCCUGAUCUCGGCCGGACGUGGGCAAACUACGUCGACGUGGAGGGACGCGCCGUGGUCCGCAUUGGGCGACCGCGGCCGUGCAUUGACGCGGCGACGACGCUGGUGCAGAUCCGCCUCGACGCCCGCGAACAGCUGCUCGCAUCCGUCGCUGCACAGGAGGUACUGGUUGACGUGCUGACGUGGCUCGGGCAGCUGUCGAAGGAGGUGGACGCCGUGCGUGCGGUCAUGUGCGGAUGUGUCUGCGACAUCAAACUGCCCGACAUUCUCGCCAACAACGUCACUCAGCCAGACGAGCCCGUCCUCAAAUCGCUACUGCUCAACAUGGUCAAGUUCUGGAAGCGCGCAAGGGCGGCUGUUCGGGCUGUGAUCUUUGGGAGCGUGAUGCUUGAGCUUGAUUACAAGGCCGUGCUUGCGGUGCAGUUUUCUCGCAACUACAGCGACAUCAUCACACAGUACUCACAGGAUGGCAACGAAGAGCAAGGCGGCAUUGGCAACAUUUCCGUGCAGAUUUACACCGUGCCGUCGCUUGCCCGCAUGCUCGUGCAGCAGUACAACGUGCUGCCAAACAUGCUCCACUGCCUCCGCGAUCUGCUGCCCAAAUCGGAAGACGGGACGCGCGUUGCGUUCACGCAGGCCACGCGGAACGAGAUGGUGAAUGUCGUGUUUGACAUGAAAUACCUCCUCAGAAACGACGUCGGCUCCGUCCUCUCCAUCUUCCCAGACAUCAUCGAGAUUCUGAAGCUGUGCCAGUACAUGGACUCGUUUCGGCGCCAAGUCGGCGAGCACGUGCUGCGGGAGAGCAUGGCGUACCGCACCGCGUUCCACAUCACUUCGCUUCUCUUCACGCUCUUCUCUCGAAUUCUCGAAGAGCACAAUCUUCCACAGGACGACCGCAUCGACGCCAUCAACCUCCUCGCAACAGCACUGCACGAUGAGGUGGUCGCUGACGGUGCGAUGAAGGAGGCUGUGGAGCACGUGGAUGAGCAGACGGGACUGCGCAUUCCGCCGCUGCAAGUCGACGCCCUACCCGUGUCCCUCCACCACCCGCUCCAGACGUUUAUGACCCGCCUCAUCUGCUCUCUUGAAGACAAAUCCGUCAAGUUUGACCGCUUUUUCCAGCAUGCAGCGCUGACGGUGGACGCGACAUCCGUCGCCCUCGCCUUCCUCGAGCCCGCGCUGCAGAACCAGGUGCUGAUGGCGCAGUUCAAGGCCGGGCAUUGGGUGCGGAACGGGUAUCCGAUUAUCCAUCAGCUGUCCAUCUACACGUCAAACUUCAAGCGCGACUGGCUGUUUGAGGCGGACAUUGCGACGCUGCAGAUUGGCUGCGUUGCGCUCGGCAUCACGCACGUCAUCCACCUCCUCCUCGACCGCUAUGCCCUCACAGACUGGUUCAACCUUGCAGAGGAUCUGGACGACGACCUGGACAGCCUGUACAAGUUCUCCCUCUCGGGCAUGUGGAUGCUCAUCCUCAACCUCUACCAGGCGCGUCUUCUGCCCGGUGUCGGCGAUUGCGCACGGGAUGACGUCAUCCGGCAGCAUCUCCUCUACGCGCUGUCGACGGGCCCACGGUCGUUCAGCAACGCAAUCAAAUCCCUCCCGCGUGACGACAAACACAAAGUCGCAGCCACGCGCAUCAUCCGGCAGAUUGCAGACAUGCGCGACACGGCUGAUGGCGCCGUGUAUUCGCUCAAGGACUCUGUUCUCGCAGACGCCAACAACAAGUUCCACUACCUCCUCGAGGGCCAGCGCAACGCGGACUUCCAGUAUCUUGUUGAGCGGCUGAGCAAGGCCAGCGGCGGGAAGAAGGGCAAGUACUUCCCUGCGUCGGCGCCCAUCGCCUUCCGCGAGCCGUUUGCAGACCUGUAUGACAUUCCGGCGCACCCGGAAGUUGCCGCGCUCGCCGUCUCCUGCCUGACGUUUGCCCGCCACAUUGGCACUCCCCGCAUGAAAACGCUGCCGACGGAGGUUCUUGACAUGAUUGUGCACCUGUACGCAAUGGGCGUGGCGCACGAUCAGAAAAACGGCACGAGCAAAGUUGCUGCUGCGAUGGUUGCCCCGACGCACGCAGGCUCGUGCGUUGCCGCCGCCAUGUUCAACGUCAAGGCCGUCCCAGACCUGCCUGACGACAUCCGGGCCGGUGUUGACUGGAUCAUCACCACCAUCAUUGAGACGGGCGACGAUGCCACGAAGAAGGAGCUGGCCGACCUCGGAAUCGUCAAGGCGAUGCAAAAGCCGGCGAGCUCCGAUGUGGACAAGAAACGCCGCAAGAAGCGCGCUGGGGCGAAGCGGCAGCAGCUGAUGAACAAGUUCUCGAAGAUGCAGAGCGACUUCAAGGCGAUGAUGCACGUGGAGGAUGAAGACGAUGACGGGGAGGAGGCCGCCCCAACAGCGGCGCAGUCGUCCCGCGCAACAGAGGCAGAGGACGAAACACGCCAUGUGCUGUCAUGCAUCCACUGCCAGGAAGAGGCAGAUGCCAGGACGGCCGAUUUUGUUGUUCUUGGCUGCUUCUCGCACGGGAGCGUGCUUGUCCCGAAGCGCACGCCACCGCCAUCACCAGCGGCAGACACUGAGGGCGCUGAAGGCGAAGCAAGCGAGGGUGCACAGGCAGCCGUGCACGGAUCAGCAUCAUCGCAGCAGCAGACUGAAGGUGAAGGUGAGGGUGAGCGACGUGUUCGCCCGCCUGUUCUUGUUGCGAUGGACGAGGACACGGACGAGGAGGACCUGCUUGAUCUCGGUGACGGGAUGGAGGACGAUGAAGAAGGCGACGGCAUGCUGGAUGGUGACGCUGGCGAAGGCGAGGAGGCGGAGGUGACGCUGAUUGGCAACGACAACGAGCCUGGAGCCACGGUACGCAUGCCCAUGGCGAUGCUGCAGGCGUUCAUGCGGGGCGAGGCAGACCCGACGGCACUUAUGGGGAUGGCCGGUGAUGAGGAAGGACAAGGCGACGCGGGUGAAGGUGGAGAAGGCACGGAAGGCGGAGAAGGGCAAGGGGAACAAGGUGCAGGUGAACAAGGGGAAGAAGGGGAAGAAGGUGAGGGUGAAGAAGGCGAACAGGGUGAGGGUGAAGGGGCUGGGCGGCGUCGGCGGCUGUCGAGUGGUCGGCUUCGAUCAGCAAUGACGCAAUAUCUGCGAUCACUCAGGAAUGCGUUUGGUCGUCGCGGUGGCUCCAACGACGACGACGACGACGACGAUGAUGAUGACAACGGCGGUGCUGGUGAUGGCGAUGGCGAUGGCGAUGGCGAUGGCGAUGGUGAUGGUGAUGGCGACCCAGACACGAGUGUUGGUGAUGCGUUUGAAUGGAGCAAGAAGGGCGACGUGUUCUUCAAGAGCUGCGGCCACACCAUGCAUCUCUCCUGCUUCAUCGGCUUCCUGCGGCACUGGGUGCAAGCCAGGGGAUUGGCCGGGUUGAUUCCAAACUUCAACUGCCCACUCUGCCGUGCCCCUUCCAACGUUGCAGUGCCGUACAUUGUGAGCGAAAUCACGCUGACUGCACCAUCCCAAUCAUCGUCAUCGUCAUCAUCGUCAUCACCAUCAUCAUCACCACCAACCAUGACACCGUCCACGGCCACCGCUGCCCUGCUCGCCGCGUCCCCGGCCGUGUGCAGCCUCAACACGACACCAGAGAAGCCUGCCCAUCGUGCCCCGAAACGCUCAGACGAAUUCAGGGCGCUCUGUGCACGCGGUGCUGGCUCAAGCACCCGCGCUCGCUCCCAAGAGACAGACACCCACCUGGCCAACCUGCUGUUCUUUGACGAGGCGGCGAUGAUGGCGAUGAGUGCGGAGACGAAACCGCGACCUCUCGUCAGCAUCGUCCCCAUCUGGCAGUCGCUCGCGCAGACCAUCGCCUGUGUCGAGCUUGCGCACAAGCACCAGGCAGACAAGGACAAGCCAAUCGCCAAGAAGUCCAUGCAAGCGCUGUCGAUGCUGCGCACAUAUGUGCACGAGUUCUCGUCAAAGGCGAACGUCCGUCUGCCCGAAGUGUUCACGCGCAUCUUCGCGCACACGCAGCAGAAGAGCGGCGACAACGGCGACGAUGGCGAUGAUGGUGCCAGUGCUGCCUCCACGGCCACGCUGAACAUUCCAGGGGAACUGGAACCACUCAGGGUGCUUGUGUUCCUGACUGCAGCCAUCUCCACGGUGGCACCAGAGACGACGCGUCCACCAACAGCGGUCGUGCCCGUCCCCUUUGCCGCAUGCGUCGCCGUGUCACUCUACUGGUGUGCACUUCGCGAGGCAGCACGCACCGCAGCGCAGCCAGCGCCCACGAAGCAAGCAGACACCGACGCCAGUGACGAAGCCGUUGCCUCCGUCGCCGCGUCGCUCCCACCGCUCUUGAAAGCAGCGGGCUUUUCUUCCACCCUCCCAACCGAGUCGUCGCUCGCGGCGGAUGUGGUUGAGCGGUGCACUGCUCUCUGUCGCCACGCCAUCCUUCUGAGGGCCGCGCUCCAGGACGAGACGGACGAGUGCAACCUGCCGCGCGACCUCAGCUCGUGUUUGCAGCGUUUGAAUCUCCCGCCUCUUGUGGACCUCUUGUCCAGCGUCGCUCCCACAGAUCGCCACAUUCGCGCCUGGGCCGCAGCCCUCAAGGUGACGACGAUGGCUGCUGCGACAUGGUCGUGGCUGAGCACUGUGUGCAGUGACACGCCCGUGCUGUCCUUGCACGACUGGCUGGACCAGAACCACAGCACCCACAACAGCCACAGUACCAACACUGGUCGCGCAGUGAGAAGAAAUGACUCUUCCUCCACUUCCGCCACAUCGCCUGCGUCUCACCUGCUGCGCAACCAUCCAGCGGCACAGCCGCUCCUCACCUCCAUCAUGGUCGCGCCAAUUCAAGAUGCCCCUGUCUUUGACCAAGCUGCCGCGCGCAUGCCUUCGCUGUCUUCGCUUCCAUACAUCCUCCAGCGCGUUCUCAUUGACCUGUUCGAGUCGUGCCAGUCGCCCACACAUGUGCUGUGCCUCGGAUUUCGUCGCUCCACCGGCGGUGAUGACAAAGGAUCCAUCAAGGCUGUUCCGGAAAUACAGGCCGUGUUUCCCAACACGCUCCAUGCCACGAUCAAGAGCAAGCCGUGGCGUGCCCUGCAUGCCGCCCUCGGUGACUACACCAUCUUCUACAUCCUCCGCUACAUGUUCGUGUUCCAGCGACUCCACAACAACUGCCUCCUGCAGCUGUCUGGCCCGUCUCUCGGCCUCUCUGCGCGAUCACAAAUGCGCAUCGAAGACCCAAUACGAGCAGACGGCGACGACGACGCCACGUCCUCCCAGCAGCAGCAGCAGCGCGUUUGUGCAGGCAAUGACGGCGAUGAUAACAGUGACAGCUGCGAGGAAGGAGGAGAACCCGCAAGCAAGAGAGCGAAGAUGCAGGAGCGAUCAAAGAUGUUUUACGCAUUCAACCUCUCCGAACGCAUGCCGGCAGACCACCCAUUGCUGAAGCAUCGCCCCUCUGGCAACGGCACACGCCGCCUUCUCCGCACAAUCUUCGCUGGUGGUGGUGGUGGUGAAAACGUCCGGUUGAAUCGACGAUUGUUGCAACAUGCAGAGACAUUCACGCAAUUCAUCCGCAACGCACACCGCCUGCAGUUCAAGCGGCUGCUCAACAGGACUGCUCCGUGCACGUGCCGACGACGCCAGCGCCACGAGCACCCCAACGUGAUGCACUGUGGUGAUGAGAACAAUGAUGGUAGUGGUACGGCGGCUGCUGCUGCUGCAGAUGAUAAUGAUGAUGAUGGUGAUGAUGAUGAUGACAACAACCGGUUUGACGCCUUGCUGGAGGACGACUUUGCGACACAGGAUGAGGACAGCAGCGAGGAAGAGGACGACAACGUCGGCACGAAAGAUACACACAUGUGCGCCACCACUGUGAGUGUCACCACCAAUAAUGGCACCGGCGGCAAUACAGCACAGCAGUCGGCCUCAACGUCACGCGCACACUCCAAAGUCGUGCACAGGAGCGCAGAUAUGGAAACGCUGUUAUCCAGCACAACUCCGCAUCACCAGGUCGUGCGAUUUGCGUGUGCGUGCGUUCGGUUCCUCGUCCCGAAGUCCUUGCUGGGAUCAAAGCGCAACUGGCGCGUCUUCAACAGACUAGUCCGCGACAUGGUGACCCUGCCGCGAUACGCCAGCAUCUCGCGCGAGGUGUGCUUGCACGCAUUCUCCACAUCGGCCGUGCCCUGGCUCGCCCCUCCAACUCCAGCAGUGCGCGCGUGUCCGAGCGACCACGCCUUACAGCGGCACCUCCUACGCACGUGCGUCGUGUGGCUGCUGGAGCACGUGGUGGCGGUGGUGCUGCGGUCCGCAUUUUACAUCACGGAACGCAGCAAGGACAAGAACGCCGUUCUGUUCUAUCGCAAAUGUCUCUGGCGCGAAAUUGACAGGCGCGCUCGCUCCUCGCACCACAUCAGGUCGACGUUCACGCAGCUGCUCCGCCCACACGAGAAUUGUGAUGACGACGAGAGCAACAACCGGGCCCAUUCCAACACCGACGAUGACAGCGACGGCAUGGGCAAUGAUGUCAAUGCCGAUCGCGCGUGUGCGCGUACAGAGGACGAGGCGUUGGCCAACUCGCUUGGCUUCAGUUUCCUCCGCUUCGUGCCCAAGAAAUCCAGUGUUCGACUCAUCCUCAACAUGGGGCGACAAAUGAAGAACGAGGCUGGCCGCUCUCUGUCCAUCAACAGCGCACUGCAGAACGCCCUCAGCGUCCUCUGGUUUGAGAAAAAACGCUCGCCGCAACAUGUUGGCGCGUCGCUGUUUGGUGUUGAGGAAUUCUUCCCAAAGUACCGCCCGUUUGUCGAACGCUGCAGGAAGCAAGCUGGGCUCUUGCUGCUGCGACUGGAAAACCUGCUGUUGACGAAAUGCAUGACGAUUGUGCUGGAUGGCGUGGUGAAUUCGCCAGAUAUUGUUGCUCUCAACAUCUACCAAUUGGUGUAUGUUGGGAUUGCCAAAUUCCACUGCGUUGUGCGCUCGCUGCUGCGUCACCAGCGGCCAGCGUACAACCCGCGCUUCUUCGUGCGACUUUUUCGCCACGUGCCGCAGUUUACGCUGCGUGCUGUCACCGCAAGGUGCCAGGUGCGGGAGGAAGACGGGCGGCGCCAACGCCAUCUGGCACUGAAACGAAAAGUGGUUGUGGCGCUUGCAUUUGCCGCCAUGAUUGACGCGUUGUCGAAAAAACAGACUAUUUAUCGCCGCGUGGACAAGCUGUAUGAUGUCGUGUCGCGCGUGCUGGCUGAGGAAGAGUAUCUCGUUCGCCGGUUCACGUAUCUCUUCAACAACAAAGGCAGACUACAGAAGAAGCACGUGCGACAGGCCACGUCUGCGCUCGCGUCCCUCAACUUCAAGCGUUUCGCUUCGACGCUGUCCCGCUCCAGCGGUGUUCGCGAUGCCGUCAUUGUCGACAUGGCGCGCUAUGCAUUUGCGACGCGCAGUGAGCAGCUUGAAUUGCUGCGCAAACACAUCUUCAACAACGUCGUGCGCAUGGGAGACCGCUUCUAUCUCCAAACACAAGGCAUCGCACAGGUCGUGUGA